AUGGGACAUGCAAAGUUGCUCAUGACGAUUAAACACAGAACUGCUACCGAUGCUUUCCACUUGCGCCCUAAAGAAAUUACAUUUGACUUGACCAGAAAAGAGCUCAAAAACCUUUCAUGGCACGAAAAGAAAAAUAAAAAUAUGAGAAAAAUAAAUUUCAUGAUAAAUUCAAGAGAAAGGCUAAUAAAUAUAAAUGUUCGUGUUCUUUUGAACAAAACUCAAGUCUUCGCAGUACAAGCGGAAAAUAUGCAAAAAUACUACAUAAAUUAUGCAUAA